CACAGCAGAGGUUAACUGAGCAGCGCAUACAAGCAUCAAAAGGCACAAAGCGCCCCGGACGCUCUCCAGGCCGGGGCCUUCAGGCCCAACCCUCGCUUCGACGCCCCCCCCCAAACCCGCCGCCGCUCUCUGCCGGGAGAGUCCCUUUGCGGCCUGCCUCCAGCCAGCGGGGCGACCGCGGGAAAACUACGCUCUGCGACUCUGGGCGAGCCGAACAGAGUCUGUCGCUGCCAACCUGCCCGGCCUAAAGUUCGACCCGGAAACCCGGCGGAUAGACGCGGCCUCUCUCCUUCGUGGGUGUGGUGGCCCGCGGAAGAGGAGAAGCGAGCGGCCGGUCAACGGGCCUCGAGGAGCUGUGUUUCCGCGGCCACCCGGCGCGACACCCUCUCCGGACCCAGCAUGUAGGUACCGAAGGGUUGCCAUGAACUCCGGAGCCAUGAGGAUCCACAGCAGAGGACAUUUCCAGGGUGGAAUCCAGGUUAAAAAUGAGAAAAACCGACCAUCUUUGAAAUCUCUGAAAACUGAUAACAAACCAGAAAAAUCCAAAUAUAAGCCACUCUGGGGAAAAGUGUUUUAUAUUGACUUACCUUCUGGCGCCCUGUCUGAAAAACUGCAAAAGGACAUUAAGGAUCUAGGAGGGCGAGUUGAAGAAUUUCUCAGCAAAGAUAUCAAUUAUCUUAUUUCAAAUAAAAAGGAAGCUAAAUUUGCACAAACCUUGGGACGAAUUUCUCCUGUACCAAGUCCAGAAUCUGCAUAUGCUGUGGAAACCACAUCACCUCAUCCCAGCCAUGAUGGAAGUUCAUUUAAGUCUCCAGAUUCAGUGUGUUUGAGCAGAGGAAAAUUAUUAGUUGAAAAAGCUAUCAAGGACCAUGAUUUUAUUCCUUCAAAUAGUAUAUUAUCAAAUGCCUUAUCAUGGGGAGUAAAAAUUCUUCAUAUUGAUGAUAUUAGGUAUUACAUUGAACAAAAGAAAAAAGAAUUAUAUCUCCUCAAGAAAUCAAGCACUUCUCUAAGAGAUGUGGGGAAAAGAGUAGGUGUUGGUGCACAGAAAGGAAGAACAGGUGGACUCAAAAAGCCUUUUGUAAAGGUGGAAGAUAUGAGCCAGCUUUAUAGGCCAUUCUAUCUUCAGCUGACCAAUAUGCCUUUUAUAAAUUAUUCUGUUCAGAAGCCCUCAAGUCCUUUUGAUGCAGAUAAACCACCUAACACCCAAAAGCAAACUCAGGUUAAGCUAAGAAUCCAAACAGAUGGUGAUAAAUGUGGUGGAGUCCCAGUUCAACUCCAGUUGAAAGAGAAGAAGAAAAAAGGAUACUGUGAAUGUUGCUUGCAGAAAUAUGAAGAUCUUGACAGUCAUCUUCUAAGUGAGCAACACAGAAACUUUGCCCAGAGUAAUCACUAUCAAGUUGUUGAUGACAUUGUAUCUAAGUUAGUUUUUGACUUUGUGGAAUAUGAAAGGGACACGCCUAAAAAGAAAAGAAUAAAAUACAGUGUUGGAUCCCUUUCUCCUAUUACUACAAAUUUUCCAAAAAAGUCUGAACCUAAAAAAAAGCUGGAAGUGCAACAUAAUUCUCAUAAAGAUUCCAGGGAAAAUAACAUACAGGUGAUGGAGCAGAGUUUCCUACAUAAAGAAACCCUGGAACCUGAAAGAAGGUUUGUGUCUACCUCAGAACACGUCCCUCACCCUUCAAGUGAAUUGAGAGGACUUGAGAAAACAUCUAAUAAAUGUUCCAUGUUAAAUCCAGCUGAAAAUGAUAUAAAACAAAAUUUUACACCUCUACCCCCACAUAAAAGUAAAAAGGAAUGCAUUCUUGAUGUUUCUGAACAGAAAUUAAUUAUAAAUGAAAAGGACUUAGAAGAAGUAAAGGUAGAUCACCGUCCGUGUAGGCCACAGAUAUCUAUACAAGUUUCUAAUUUCAAUACGCAUAAUACUACAUCUCAGCCAAAACAAAAGUCAGACACUGUGCUCCUUCCAGCAAAGGAUCUGAAGGAAAAGGACUUUCAUUCAGUAUUUUGUCAUGAUUCUGAUCUAUUAGGAGUAAACAGUUCACAGGAGCACCUAACAAUUCAGGCAAAGACUCCAUCCCAAAGCCCUCCUGAGGAACCCAAUGCAUGUGACAUCAAGAAUAUGGAUAGCUUACCUUCUGGUAAAAUCCAUCGGAAAGUGAAAAUAUUAUUAGGAAGAAAUAAAAAGGAAAAUCUGGAACCAAAUGUGGAGUUAAAUAAGAAAAGAACUGAAUGUCUUACUACACAGGAAGAAAACAGAAUUUGUAGCUCACCACUGCAGUCUCUACGGGACUUAUUUCAGACUAGUGAAGAGAAGUCAGAAUUUUUGGGUUUCACAAGCUACACUGAAAAGAGUGGUAUAUGUGAUGUUUUAGAUAUUUGGGAAGAGGAAAAUUCAAAUCUGUUAUCAAUGUUUUUCUCUUCCCCUUCAACUUCAACAUUUACUGGCUUUUAGACUUAAAAAUACAUACCUUUCAGAAGCAAUGAAGAUCAAAUUCUUGAAAUUUUUAUAAAUAUGUAUAAAAAUUCUUAAGCUUUGGAGCAGCUUGCCAAUUUUGUUUACAGAACCAAAUGUAAAUAUUAACAAUAAAAGUGAUGUUUGCAUUUUUCUACAGAAUUAAAUACCUAUUAUAGAAAAAUUGUAGAAUAAACGUGGCUUAUUUUACAU